AUCGCUAUCGCUCAUGAUAAAAGCGCCUGCGAUUGCCAACUCGGUGACGCUCAUGUCGUAGCCCACUCAGUGAAACGAUGGAGCUGGUCCUACUCGGUUGCGUUCUUGCGGCGCUGGGGGUUCCGGGGACACCUGCCCCACUGGCCACGGUCACGACUGUUUUGGACGCAUCAAAUGACGCCCUGGACUUCCGGCCUUCGAAGCCCGUUGGCGCGGAAGGUGAUAUCGACCUAGCAACGCUCUCAAGUGGAACACCUGCCUCGGAAACGGGACUGACGCAACGCGCUCGCCAGGAAGCAGUGGUUCGAGUGACGCAGCGCGCUCGCCAGAAAGCAGUGGUUCGAGAGCAAGCCGCAGAGUCACUCGGGACGUCCUCAGCGCGCCCGCUGACUCCACGAGCACCGACAAAGCUGAGGGUGUCCACGUCGUGGCGACCGAACAGGUCGACGUCCGGACCAUGGGCGCCAGCAACCUCGGGCCCGGUGACAUGGGCCCCAAGAACGUCGCGCCCCUCCACGUGGGCGCCACGAAGGUCGACGACAGGGUCCUGGGUGCCGGGUGGCUCUGGCGGCUCAGGGGGCUCGGAUUCAGGGUCCUGGGUGCCGGGGGGCUCUGGUGGGUCAGGGGGCUCGGACUCGGGGGAUUCGGACUGGGGUUGGCAUUCGGACACUGGGAGCUCAAGUUCUGGCCCGUUCGACGCAAACGCGCUUAUCAUUACAAUGGGUAUUCUUCUUUUGGCCUUCUGUUUUUUCGUGGCGAUCAAGUGUGCCAUAGAUUUCCCGCGUGGAAGGAUCUGUAGUUGAGACGACAGUGGAAAAAUAUAGAUUUUGUGUAAAAGUAAAAUUUACUUUUAAAUAACUUUUUUUUAUACUUAGAAUGCUUUUAAUGUAUUCUAUUAUUGCAGUUUAAGUGUAAAAAACUGUAGUUAAACUGCAAAAAAACUACCAGUUAUUUCGGACAACUAAAGUUUUUGACCCCAGUUUGUCCCAGUUGACUAUAAAUUCAAAGUACAGUUCUACUGUAGUUUAUUUACACAGGUAGACUUGGUUUAAAAAAGAAAAGAGACUGCAGUUUGAAUUUUCCGGUCAAAAUUAAAAAAAAAUUGGAGCUCUGUUUUGAGGGGACUCUUCCUCCCUUCCACCCCAUGGGUAACUGAAGUUGUGUUGAUUGUGUUUCUUGGGUGAAUGUUGUCGGGAGUUGAACCCGGACACUUCAGUUGCGAAGCAGAGGCCUUGACCACUGCUCCACUGAGGUUCCAUAUGGGAGAGGGCUUGGCCACUCGACCACAUGGAAAGGCCUGCUAUCCCCAGGAACUAGAGUGCAACUGCAAGAAAAAUACAGUUUUUAAGCACAGCAACCUUCAGUUCCAGGGGCAAACUGUACAUACAACUGUACAAGUUCUAAAGUUUGUUCUUGCAAAAACUGCAGUCAGCAACUGCAGUUUUGGCACUAUAGUUUAAACUGUAGUUUCACUACAGAUCCUUCCACGCGGGAAAGAGGCAAAUUAUGUAUUUUAAUUAUCCAUAGCUAUUGUCAUAUUUGUGAUAUGUAAUGUAUGCAAAACAUGUAUACAUAAAUUAGAGACAAGUACUCCACUACUGUGCUGAAGUAUUUAUGAAAUUGUAUACCUAAUUUAUGCACAAAUGUGUACAGACCUUGCACGUAUAUGGCAAUAGCUGUGCACAAGAAGUCCAUAGGCAUUCAGUGUCGCCGCAGUAAGUUGCGUCACUUCGGCAAAGCCGGGGGUUUACACCAACGGAAUGAACCCUGUUCGCACGGUAAAAACGGUACCCGGUUUUCCCAGGAGCCCUAAGGCGCAGACAUAGGCGACUUCCAGGGGGUUCCUGAGAAAACCAGGAACCGUUUUUACCGUGCGGACCGUAAUAAAGGCAUUCAGUUACAGAGCGAUUCUCACGUUUCGGGGUAGUUUCGUUUCUUCUGACUCCUGUGCCCAAACGAGCGCAGAUAUCGACAUGGGGUUUGUUUCUGAUGUUAGGGAGGGCCAUUGCCCACUACACUGAUUUUUUAAGUGUAAUAAUGAACUAAUUUAAAAAGCAAUAACAUUUUUAUUGCAUUAGUAGCGCCAUGAAAAAGUUAUUGCAUUAUAAGUGCAAUAAUUAUUGUAUUGCAUUGGCGCAUUUAUCGCAUUAUUAGCGUAGUUAUCAUUUUAUGGCACCAAAACUGUGAUAAUCUGGGCCCAGAUCGGCCAAAACCUAAGGGACUUAUUGCAUUUUUAAUGCGAUAAUUUUUUUAUUGCUGCCACAGAUGCGAUAAUUUGAAGGAAUCACACUUGCCUUUUUAUCGCAGCAAAUUGUAUGAAACUUAUCACAUUAGAAAUACCAGUGUAAACGCACACAUUUCGAAAAGUUCACGUUCGUUGGUUUGGUCUACGUAGCGUUUUGAAUACCCUAAAUGUAACUUCCGUGAUUGUCCAAAGAGAACA